AAUCCUCCUUCAACUUUGCUUUCAACAAAAUAAGCAAGAUGGCGGCGUACUGUAGGGGUGGUCUCCUGCGAGGGGUGCUGUGGCCGUGCGCCGGCCAGGUGCGCUGCUAUGCCGCCAGGAAGGGCACUCGUGAGAAGGCCAAGAAGAAGAAGGUGAAGGUGGAGGUGACAAAGGUCGGCUUCAUUCCACACCAACUACGAGACUCUGUUAAGUUGAAGGCGGCCACCCAGCGCCGGAUCAUCAAGGACGACCUGAAGUCGGAGCCCGUGGACGACGUGUGGGUGGCACGCUACCACAAGUGGCGCACCUACAGUUUUGUGGAGGCGGUCCUGUGCCACAAGGAGACGCACCACCCCACCGUCUACAACGUGCCUGACGCUCCGCUCACCGUCACCUUCGAGCUGGACCUGUCCACCGACAAGAAGACGAAGCAGGUGGACAGCCUGAGACGGCUGGUGCAGAUCCCACACCCCUUCAACCCCGACGAGGCACGCAGUGUGAUAGCCUUCUGCAAGGACGCUCAGGCCCAGAAGGAGGCGCUGGAGGCGGGGGCGUCCGUCGUCGGAGGCAGCGACCUCAUCCGCAGCAUUCAGAACGGGGAGCUGUCGCUGCAGGACUUCCAGCAUGUUGUGGCACACACGGACAUCAUGCUGGAGCUGGUCGCGCUCAAGGGCGUCAUGAAGAAGAAGUUCCCGAACGUCAAGUCAGGCAGCCUGGGGCAGGACCUGUGCUCAAUGGUGUCCCGGUUCCGAGCGGGUAUAGAAUACGUCAGCGGCAAGCAUGAGGCUAACCCGGAGUACGGCUGGAUUGACGUGGUCGUGGGCAAGCUGGACAUGUCGUCCGAGCAGCUGGAGGGCAACUUCAGGGCCGUGGUGCGGGACGUGCUGGCCGCCGCUCCCUUCGUGACGCGCUGCAGCGCCACCAGCCCGCCCUCCGUCGAGUGCCUCAAGGUCGACCUGGCGCCCUACGUCCCCUCGCGUCAUAUCAGUGUACCCAGUCAGGACGAAACCUAACAUUAUUGACAUUCAUGAAGAAUAAAAACAUAGGUAGGGACAAGAAUUUAUCAUUUUAUUUUGAGGUCAAUUUCUUCUUACACAUUGUCUAUUAGUGUUGUAUUCAAUAAAUAUUAUCCUAAAA